CGCUUAGUGCCACAUCACGGAAUCUUAUCGCAGUAGAGCGCGGCGCACACCUAAAACCCACCAAAACGAAACGCAAAACCAAAAAAAAAAUACAGAAAACAGCAAACCUCUCUAACCGAAACGACCAAAAAGCCGACCGAAGUUCACGAAGCACCACAUACAUUCAUUUUGCUUCGGCUGCAGAACAAACAACAAGUCAACAUCAUCAUACCAAGCCAAGUGAGGCCACAACGCAACGCAACGGAACGCAAUAGUAUAGUAUCGCAGCGCAGUUAUAGCAUACACAGAGACUAGACAGACUUACGUCAAUACAAAUGCCAGCCAACAAACGCACCAACACCAACAAACAGCCAGAGCCCAGCCAGUCCGUUCGUCAGUCCGCCGGCCCAGCUAGAGUAGCCUAACCCAUCAGCAAGCGGCGCAGUAUACUACGCAACCCUCUCUAAAAACAGAGAAAAAAAAAAAACAAAACAGCACUCCAAAAGCAGCUAGAGCUAACGACAAAUAAGACAACGGCAACGACAACGUGUUGGCAAAAUGUCAAACCAGCCCUAAAACAAAAAGGAUUUCGGAAACACUUGCAUUGAAUCAAACGGUCAAUCACACAAACACUCGCAGCACACUUACACACAGAGGUUCCCCACAUUCUCUCAAACUUUUACGCACUCUCGCGCUCUUCUGCUCACCGUACUGAGAGAGUGAGGCAGGCACCCAGCGCAAUUGACUUUUCGUCCGUUGGGCCUUGAGGACGCUGCUGCGCAAACGACUGCAGGCAUUAUUUAUAUGUAAUUGUUAAGAACAGAGAAAAAAAAAAAGGAAAACGAAAGAAAAACCAAACAAAAGUUAAAUAAUUUACAAAUUGUUGCAAUUUCCUUCAAUUGGUAUUCCUUACGAAAAUGGCAGCCAUGGCAGCAAUACAAACAACAACACCGCCAGCAACUGCAACAACAAAAACCGGCAGUCGACGCAACAAUAACACCAACAAAGGGGCAAAAUCACGUCGAAAUGAACGUAAUAUUUUAACAUUCUAUGAAAAAAUCGCUGUUAUACGCUACUACGAUGAGACGAAUAUCUCUCGUAAUAGCCUGGCCAAGAUGUUUCAUUGCUGUGCCACACAAAUUCGCCGCAUAUUGGAAAAGAAACGCGAACUACUUCAGCAAUUGGCUACAUUGAGUGAAGCAGAUGCAUCCAUAAUCAUUGAGGAAAUGACACGAAAACGUCGCAAAUUUGAAAUGAGCGCCAUUAGUUUCCUUCUACAUGAAUGGGUAGAGCGUUGCCGCCAGUUGCACCUAGAAGGCAGUAUACGCAAUCAGAAACUUAAAGAGACGGCCCUAAGGAUGGCAGCUGUUCUAAAUCUGCCUACGUUUCGACCAUCGUAUCGUUGGUUGAAUCGCUUUCGUGGUAAAUAUAAGUAUGAAGAAGAUGAUUUGGGUUAUCUGGGUGAUAAUGCCAUAACGAAGGAGUUGCCCGUUGAGGAGAUUAUAGUAGAAUUUAAGCAGGCUUUGCCAAAUUUUAUGCAAAAAGAAUUGGCCGAUAUGGAUACGGGAAGUUUAUCCUUACAGGAUGUAAAACAAAAAUUGGUUAACUUGUCAAGUGAGAAUAGUUUAAUGUCCGACGGAGGACUUUUUGAUGAGGACGAUGAUGACGAUGAUGGUGAUGGUGACCGACGUGAUCGCGAUGAUGACGAUGAAGUAGUGGAGGUUGUGACCUGUGAGCCUAGUGUUCUACCCUCGCCAGCUACAACGCCAGAUGCAGUGCAAGAAGUAACAGAUCCACAGGAUCAGGAUAUGAAUAGCCUACAAAUGAACGCCGGCACCAGCACUUUACUAAAUGGAGUAUUCCCCCAUUUGGCGAUUAUCCAUCAGUUUGCCUUGAUGAACUCUGACAUACAAGCUCUAGAGUUGAUCUCACAAUUGGGUGUGCAUAUGCAACAGCAGGCCACAUCCGGUGCGUAUCACACCUUAUCCCUGGCCACAGGCGACACAAGUGAAGCCAGAGAUGCUGUGGAACAGCCUUUUGAACUGCCACCUGGUAGUAUAUACGCCGAUAUAGAUGAUAUAGAAUUGAUCGAGUAGAGGAGUAUUGACACUCCUAUAUUUAUGUACACUAAUUUAUACAUUUUUUGAAUCAGACCCUUAUGUUAAGUUUAAUCCUAAGUCAAGAGUCACCUUAAUUGAGAUAAUAAAUAUGUAAACUCACCA